AUGUUUCUCAGAUCACUUCUAUGCGUCCUGUCUGCCCUCGCCCUCGGUGUAGUAGCCGAUUACCCGAACCCUCAGGCAGUCUCUGGUAACACUGCAAUUCAUGACCCGUCCCUGUGCAAAGACAGUAGUGGAAAGUACUGGCUCUUUGGUACUGGCGUCGGCAUUGAGAUUCGAACAUCCACUGACCGAAAAGCAUGGACUUUGAUCGGGACCGUUUGGCCAGAUGGUGCUUCCUGGACUGAUAGCUAUACUGGCACUUCAAAUGGCGCACUGUGGGCACCUGAUUGCACAUAUCUCAACGGGCAAUUCUAUCUGUAUUAUGCCGCGUCAAGCUUCGGAUCCCAAAAUUCUGCUAUCUUUUUCGCAAAAUCUACCACUGGACAGCCGGGGAGCUGGGUGAAUGAAGGACUUGUCACAUCUUCGAGUAGCUCGAACAACUAUAAUGCUAUUGACCCGAACCUGAUAAUUGAUUCCGGAAAGUGGUAUCUAUCGCUUGGCUCCUUUUGGACAGUGUUCAUCUUUAGAAUGACUCUCGGCUCGUCAACUGGAAAACCGUCUUCUUCUACCGUGACAUCUCUUGCUCAGCGAACAGCUAACAACGGUGCCAUCGAAGCGAGUGUCAUUUGGAAGCAGAGCAGCUUCUACUAUCUCUUCACUUCGUGGGAUCUUUGCUGCCAGGGGACCAGUAGCACGUAUAACAUCCGUGUAGGACGCUCGAGCAGUGUCACAGGCCCUUUCGUUGAUCAGGCAGGUGUUGCACUGACCAGUGGAGGAGGAACGCUUGUCCUGGCAUCUCACGGAAGUAUCAUUGGUCCCGGCGGUCAGGAUAUCAUGACUGAUUCAGAUGGUGUUCUAUUGAUUUACCAUUACUACACGUCGUCUGGAAGCUUCCUUGGUCUGAACCAUCUAGACUUCUCCAGCGGAUGGCCUGUAGUCACCGCCUAG